UGACCGCCUGGAGAGAGAUAAACAUCAUAGUUCAAAGGAAACACGUAACCGACAAGUUCAUCAGGAGUUCGUGAAAAUGGCUGGACGUAUUAAGAGAUUUUACGACCUGACAGCUAAGCUGUUGUCUGGAGAAACGCUGAGUUUCUCAGCACUUAAAGGGAAAGUUGUUCUCAUUGAAAAUGUGGCGUCUCUCUGAGGAACAACAACCAGGGACUACACUCAGAUGAACGAGCUUCAUGGCCGUUAUUCCGCCAAGGGGCUCGUUAUCCUGGGUGUACCCUGCAACCAGUUUGGACAUCAGGAGAACUGCAAAAAUGACGAAAUCCUCAGGUCUCUGAAGUAUGUCCGUCCUGGAAAUGGCUUUGAACCAAAGUUCCAGCUCCUCGAGAAAAUUGAUGUGAAUGGAAAGGAUGCACACCCCUUGUUCAUCUACCUGAAGGAAAAGCUUCCAUACCCCUCUGAUGACGCUAUGGCUCUUAUGACAGAUCCAAAGCUCAUCAUUUGGAGUCCUGUUUGUAGGAAUGACGUCUCCUGGAACUUUGAGAAGUUCCUGAUCAGUCCUGAUGGGGACCCAUACAAGCGCUACAGUCGAAACUUCCUAACUUCUGACAUUGAAGCUGAUAUUAAAGAGCUACUUAAGAAGGUUAAGUAGGCCUUACACAAUGCUAUUGCUGAAGAGAAAAUUUGUUGUGAUACACCUGACCAAAACAUAAUCAGUAAACAUAGGCGAUCUGUUUUUUUCUAUAACUUAUUUCCACAGACAUUCAAAUUUGUGAUAUCUUCAGAGUUGUACACUUUGGUUGUUCAGCCUGUUUACUUAAUGAUGACACUCCUUAAAGCCGUUUUCUGGGAGAGGAGUUUCUGAUGGUGAUGUAAAUGCCAGACUCUUCCACUGUGUUAAACGUGUAGCUAUCAUGAAUUUAUGCAAAUGUAUGGGGAGACUUAAAGACAAUAAAUAAACAUUAAAUGUCAAACAAUUUGUG